AGUCUCCGGAGAGAACAGAACUGAAAAAGAAAGCAAAGAGCGCUUCGUCUUCCAAUGGGACUUCGCCAACUAUAAAUACAGCGCUGCGAACCGUGAAACUCGUAAUUCAUCACCAUCAUUCACAAUAAAGCUUUUUCAGAGAGAAUCAGAAGGCGACAAUGGCGAUGAAGCAGGCAGCUACCACGGCAGUUCGAGCUCUUUCUUCCUCUGCAACCUCGCAAUCAUCGUCUCUGGUCCGCCAUCUCCAUGCUUCUCCAGGGAGCAAGAAGAUCGUCGGAGUGUUUUACAAGGCGAAUGAGUAUGCUGCUCUGAACCCUAAUUUCGUGGGAUGUGUGGAGGGAGCCUUGGGCAUUCGCGAGUGGUUGGAAUCGCAAGGUCAUCAGUAUAUUGUUACCGAUGACAAGGAAGGACUCGAUUCUGAGCUUGAAAAGCAUAUUCCAGAUCUCCAUGUUCUCAUAAGCACCCCCUUCCAUCCUGCCUAUGUAACUGCUGAAAGGAUCAAAAAGGCCAAAAACUUGCAGUUGCUUCUCACUGCUGGAAUUGGAUCUGAUCAUGUUGACCUCAAUGCUGCUGCUGCUGCUGGACUAACAGUUGCAGAGGUUACUGGAAGCAAUGUGGUUUCAGUUGCAGAGGACGAGCUAAUGAGAAUUCUCAUUCUUGUCAGGAAUUUCCUACCAGGACACCACCAGGUUAUUAAUGGCGAAUGGAAUGUCGCUGGAAUUGCUCAUAGGGCUUACGAUCUCGAGGGGAAGACAGUUGGGACCGUAGGCGCUGGGCGAAUCGGCAAACUCUUACUUCAAAGGUUGAAACCUUUCAACUGCAAUCUCCUCUACCACGACCGACUCAAGAUCGAUCCUGAACUUGAGAAGCAGAUAGGAGCGCAGUUUGAAGAGGACCUGGAUGCAAUGCUACCAAAAUGUGAUGUACUUGUCAUCAACACUCCUCUAACUGACAAGACAAGGGGACUAUUUAACAAAGAGAGAAUUGCCAAGUGCAAGAAGGGAGUGCUGAUUGUCAACAAUGCUCGAGGAGCAAUCAUGGACACCCAAGCAGUUGUUGACGCUUGUAACAGCGGACAUAUUGGAGGUUACAGUGGUGAUGUGUGGAACCCACAACCAGCUCCAAAAGACCAUCCAUGGCGUUACAUGCCAAACCAAGCUAUGACACCUCAUAUUUCUGGUACCACCAUUGAUGCUCAGUUGCGAUAUGCUGCGGGAGUGAAGGACAUGCUUGAGAGGUAUUUCAAAGGAGAAGAAUUUCCCGCUCAGAACUACAUCGUGAAGGAAGGAGAACUCGCACCUCAGUACCGAUAAAUAGUUCUCUCUCUGAUGCUUCUCUGGCUUUGGCUUGGAAUUUGGAUUUAGCUCCCUCCCCCUUUUGCCAUUUUAGUCAAAAAUAAAAAUAGUUUCCAAAAUAAAAGUUGGCUUCCAUGGGAUCGGAGUUGCUUAACUUGUUUCCUUAAAUCAGUUUCUUGUGAGUCUUUGUUGGUAAUCAGACGUAAUGUAAUGUAAUUCCAUGUAAAAUGGAAUGUAUGAGGAUGAAUGAGAGCUUCUUACUUUUCCAUCCAAAAGUUGUAUUCAUCGAAUUGAAUGAAUUCCCAAUGAAAAAGAUUGAAAACCAA